UGACCAAUUUAAGUGAGCUACCCAGUGUGAGCUGUAGUUGCGGGAACAAGUUUUACUGAAACAGCAAAGGCAGGAGGAUCUCCCUUGAGUGCUGAAGAAAAAUGAGCUCCACACAAGACCUUGACUAUCCUCAGCUCUUAUUUCAAUACAACAGUGGGUUUUUGCUCACAAAGAUUAUGACCACUGCCUGCGAACUGGGAGUCUUUGACCUCCUGCUGGAGUCAGAAGGGCCCCUGCCUUCAGAUGUCAUUGCUGAACGUUUGGGCACCAGUGCAUAUGGAAUGGAACGGUUACUUGAAGCCUGUGUUGGGUUAAAGCUCCUGGCAGUAGAAAUGAAAAGUGAAAGAGCCUUUUACAGGAACACAGAGCUUUCCAACCUCUAUCUUGGAAAAGCAAGUCCCAAGUCUCAGUAUCAUCAUUUUAUGUACUACUCCAAAACCAUGUAUCUGUGCUGUCACUACCUGACAGAUGCUGUGAGGGAGGGAAAAAAGCAGUACAAGCGAGCAUUUGGCAUUUCAUCAGAAGAUCUUUUCGAGGUUCUCUACAGAUCAGAAGAAGAGAUGAUAAAAGUCACCCAUUUCUUGAAUGCAUUUUGGAGUGUAUGUGGUAGAGACAUGAUUUCUGCAUUUGACCUUUCACCUUUCACUGUCAUUUGUGAUCUUGGAGGAGGUGCAGGCGGUUUGGCCCGGGAAUGUAUUUCUUUGUACCCAAAUUCUACAGUCACAAUUUAUGACCUACCUAAAGUGGUACAAUUGGCAAAGGAGCAUUUUGUGACCCCGGAGGAAAGUCGGAUCACUUUCCAUGGAGGAGAUUUUUUUACAGAUCCAAUUCCAGAGGCUGACCUGUACAUUGUGGCGAGGGUUCUGCAUGACUGGGCAGAUGACAAGUGUUUGGAGCUACUAUCAAAAAUCCACAAGGUUUGCAAGCCUGGUGGCGGAGUGUUGCUGGUUGAAUCACUUGUGGAUGAUGACAAAACUGGGCCUUUGGAUGCCCUGCUCUUGUCUGUGAUAAUGUUGGUUCAGACUGAAGGAAAAGAACGAACACCAAGUGAGUUCAGAAAGCUCCUCACUGCAGCUGGUUUCAGAGAGAUGCAAGUCAAGAAAACAGGAAAGCUCUAUGAUGUCAUUUUAGGAAGAAAAUAAUUCUUCCUUUUCUUUCUGCUCUGUUGCUAGAUGUGUGCAUGCAGUGAACUGAUCAUAUUUUACUAGAAUGCAGGAAUGAACCCAGUUCGUAGAUAAGCCUGUCACUUUCUUUUUGCAAUAAGACACUCUUAGAACAGUCACUCAUUUUGUAUGUUGAGCCUGCAAUGCAGGGGUAGCCAAACUGCAGCUCGCAAGGCACAUGAGACACUUUUAUAUUUCAAGUGCGGCUUGUGGUGUCCCCACUGCAAAUUCUGCACCUCCCAGACUCUUCUUGCAGCUCUGAGCUGUUAGUUCGGUGUGGACAGGCAGCAGCAAACAGCUGGGAGUUGCAAGUAGAGGUCUCUGCUUUAGCUCCGUGAGGAGACGCAGCAGCAAAAGCAGCUUCUCUCCCUACAGCUCCCAACUGUUUGCUGUUGCCUCUCCCAUGGACAUAGCCCCCAACUUCCCUGCUUCAGAAAUUGUCAUUCAGAAGAGGACCUGGCAGCACAUUGUGCCUGCAUGGGGCCAGUAAACCCUUAAAAAAAUCUAUAUGGGCAUCUGACCCCAUGGUCCCCUUCCCACAGACUGCCUCUGACUUCUGCCCAGUGGGAUAGGAAGUCCUGAAGCUCAAUCCACUGGCACAUGCCUACUGGGGUUCAACACUUCAACAAGAGGGGUCUGGAGCCCUGAGCCCCAGUAGCCGCCUACUGUGGGGCAGAGGCCCUGAGACUUCCCAUCAUGCAGAGCUGAUGCUCCAAGCCCUGACAAGUGUGCCCUCUGGUGUACCCUAGCUCUUGAAAUUCUGAAGACUGUGAGGUGCUCAAAGGGUCAAUAUGUUUGGCAGGCCCUGUUACAGGCAUCAACGAUCUAGUUAGGAUGUAACUCCUGCUUGACUUUGGACUCUAACUGGGGGAAUACAAUAAUUAACCCAUUUAACAAGAAGUAGCAUGUGAAAGCAAUACUAUGGCAAUCUUAUACUCUUUACAUUAGACAUUAUAUCUGUUCUGCCUGCCUUUGUGCUUUUCUCCUUUUUGCAUAGUGUCAGUCCAUCUGGGCAAAUAUAAACAGUACUGAAUACAGUUGGCGUCAGUGUAAUUCCAUGAAACUAUAUCGAGAGUAAAGGAAGCUGGCAGGGCUGUGCCCCACUCUGGCACUCCUAGUGCAGAAGAUGGGAGCCCGUAAGUGACCUUGCCUCUCUAGGCUCUGCUUACAAACACUCCCCAGAGUCACAGAUAUACUGACUUUGGAGGGUAACUGCAACCAUCAAAUGAUUUAACCCUGAAAAAAACAGGAAGGAACACUUUGAAUUCCUUCCCCAGGGGUAUUCCAAGCUCUUUUGCCCCAGAAGAGCUUGAAAGAAGAAGCAAAAAGCACAGAAAAACAAACCGUAUCUCUGAUAGCUGACCUCCAAGGCUAGGUGGACACACACAGACCUCUUACCUUCCAGGACAUACAAAUCAAAUCAUCACCCUAAAAAAGGUGAUUUUAUUAACAAAGAAAAAGAUAUACUUGAUAAAUCAUACUUGGUUGCUAGGUGUUACAGAGCAACUAAGAAAAGGACAGAUAGACAAUACAAAGAAUCAUAGUUCUUCGGGCUGUAACUUAAAUGGUGAGUGGGAGAGGGAAGGCAAAGAUUCACACAGAGAAGUUUAAACAACCAAAAUAAAGAAAAAUACCCCGACUGCGACUAAAUACACGUUUUCCCUUCUACUCAAAACCCAUGCUGAUCCGUACUUCAAGGCCCAGUACACUCCCAUGUCCAAUAUUUCUUAUAGGCAUAGCAAUUCUGAUUACUAUAUCUGCUUCCUCCAGCCUAUAACUUAGAUUUUUUUC